UGUGUGCGGUUUCAAGCUGCUGUGCAUUUGAAUAUAUAGUUGAAUUUCAGUGGUAACAGUGACAGCGGUUGUUUCUUUCUCUGCAGAUGAAUGGUACUGGAGGGCUAGAACAUCCUCCAGGGGCAGUUUAUGAAGACGAGUUCAAAGGUGACAUGUUUCAUGGGGCUGGAACCUACACAUUUCCAAAUGGAGCAAAGUACAUUGGACCAUUCAUUGAAAACAAAUGCAAUGUACAAAUGCUGUUUCUUCAGAUGUGCCUUCAAAUACUCAGCUCAUUUUGCUAGGAUUUGGAAAAAUCUUGGACUCUCUGGUUUCUUAUAAAAAUGAGAAAAACAGCUCAUUGUCAGCAAACUGAAACAUACUGGGCCAUCUGAAACAAUGCAGCUCACGGAUCACCUGGCAAUAUAAGGCCUUUCAGUUCUUUUUCUUAAAAGUGUCUGUAGGAAAAUCUCUAUUUGAAAUGUUUUGUUUGUGGAUUUGUGAAAGCUGUUUGUUGAACUCACAGAUAUCUUUGACUCACCAAAUAUGCACUUUGCAACAAACUCCUUCAGAAUUAUCAUUUAAUUUUGUUUAAUUUUGUUGUGUUUUGCUCCUGAAACAGCCAGCUCCACAAAAAGAAAUCCAGUGUCCUCUGUCCGUAGUCCUUGACUUCAGAAGUAGCAGCAUCUUCCACAGAGCUUCUAUUAAUCUAUGAGCUUGUCCUUCCAGCUUCUUUGUUAGAACUCCACAUCACCACAUUUAUCAGUGCUGCACAGCAAUUAUACUGAUUUAGUACUGAUUUAGGCUGUGCAGUUUUACAUUUCAGGUUUUCUGCCUGAAGGAUGUCUUUGAAGCAGAUCUUUGUCUUUCAGGGAGAAACUAGUCUGCCUUUUGUUAUUGUUCCUCCACCUUUAUGUCUCCCUGCUCUUACACUUUGGAGUAAUUUACUGGACUGGCUCAAACCUUUUCCUGACACCCCUGGCCUUAGUAAGCUGCAUUCUCCCCAUGCUUUCUUGUCACCCUCUGGAGCAAAAAGCUUUGCAGGACCUUAGGAGAAGAAACAGAAGAGGUGUGGAGAGCUGCUGCCUCGCACUCUCCCACCUCCCUCCAAACCCUGUUUAUUUUCGCUCAGAGGAAAUUCUUCAUGAUCUAACAAGCAACAGAAAAUACACAAGUGCUGGAGGUUGCUGCUUCUCUGCCCUGGCUACUUUGGCAACUUUGCUUUUGGCCCCUGAGUGAAAGAAGGGGAACCCUCUUGGCGCUGGCAUUCCUAGUGAGGCCAUGUGGUAGGAGACUGGGGGAUGUCAGGGAAAUAAGGGGAGGAGCUGGUCCCAUCUCCCUGUCCCCAACUGCAACCUGCCUCUCUUGGGUGCCACAGGAGGUAUAUAAGAGCCUCACAGUUUGGCAAAGUAGCAGAGACCACAUCAGUUCUCAGCACACGGCCCCCUCUACUGUCACUUCACAAGGAUUCUCACCCUCCCUGCAGCAGCAUGCAUUUCUAAUUAAAAAGGAAAAAUAGUCUGUAUCAUCUUCUUCCAAGCACACAGUCCUGAUUUUUUGCAUGGAGAUGCAAGGAUGUGACCUGAAGAUUACAUAAUUUGAAGGCAUUUGUUAUGCUUGCAUUUCACAUCAGUGAUUAGCAUGUGACAGUCCCAUCCUGGGAAACGUCAAGCCACUAUUGCGCUCCUCUCUCUCUCCUUUCUUGUACACUGCUAAUUCCCAAUUCCGACAACCACCAGUCCUGGAGGAUCUUCAACUAGCCUGGGGGUUCAGACCAGCUGACCCCAUCACAGGGCUCAUAUGUGGGCAGCUCUAAGCCAUGGGAUGUUCCCAGUGACCAGCCAGAACCCUUCAGAGUGAGGACAGGAGUCCCUGCAAGGACGCACACCCUAUAGCAGCCAUGGACUCAAACAGACAAGAAGGAGAGACAGAAAGUGUGCCUGUGAGUACCCCUGCAACACAGAUUUCCCAGUUGCAGGCAUUAGCCUCUGAGUUGAAGGCGGGUUUCACAGAAGCGAUGCAGGAGCUGUCGCGAAUCCAGCAUGGUGAGUAUGCCCUGGAGGAGAAGGUCAAGAGCUGCCGCUGUGCCAUGGAAGAGAAAGUGGCUGAGAUGAAGAAUUCCCUCAAUACUUUCAAGGAGGAGCUCAGCGAUGCAAAGUCAAUGAUUGAAGAAAUCAGUGCCAAGCAGGAGGAAAUGCAGCAGAAAAUUGAGCAGCUGCAGCAAGAGAAGCGGCGGGAAUCACGGAAAGUUAAAGCUAAAAGAGCACAGAAGGAUGACCAUGGGUCACAGACAGUGCCUACACCUCUCCAGGGCAGCCCGUUUCGAUCUAUUAACCUCCCAGAACCUGUGCUGAUCAAUGAAGAUUUUACAAGUCUUUUACAGAACGUGACUUAUGAAAAAGUGUCUGACACCAGGAUCAUGCCAAUCGGAGAAGUAGGUGUGAAAGUCGUAGCAGGUCCAGGAGCAACCACAGACACAGAUGAUAGCCUCAAACCUUCACUGGCAACAGAGGGGCAGUCAAAAGUGCAUCUGCCCUCAACCGUGUGGAAACAGCCCAAGGACACCAAGGACUGGGGAGAUGAAUACAUUUCCAAAGAGCAACCGGAGAGAGGGAAGGACAAGGGCCAAAUCAGAUACAGCUCAGCAGACAAUAUUAUAUGUGAACCCUCUUUGGCUGCCAAAAGGCAGAACAUUGCUUUGGAGCUGCUGGAGUCAGAAAGGAAAUAUGUCAUCAACCUUUCCCUAAUCCUGAAGAUCAAGGCUACAUUGCAAGGGCCAGAUGUGAAAAGGAGCACCAAAGAGAGAAGUUUCUUCCCCAGCUCUUUGCGGUACCUGGUGCAGCAGCAUGUCGAUUUACUUCACGCUCUACAGGAGAGAGUCCUGAGCUGGCCACGACAAGGGAUCCUAGGAGACAUCUUCCUGAAGUUAACAAAUGAUGAGAAUAAUUUUCUGGACUACUAUGUUGCUUAUCUGAGGGACCUGCCAGAAUGCAUCUCUCUGAUCCACGUGGUGAUCCUGAAGGAGGUAGAAGAAGAAAUCAAGUCUGAUCUCUACAUUCUGUUCUUCCAUAUAGUCCAACGAAUCCCUGAAUACCUUAUUCAUCUACAGAAUGUCCUGAAGUUCACUGACCAAGAGCAUCCUGACUAUUACCUGCUGCUGGUGUGUGUGCAGCGCCUCCGUGUUUUCAUCUCACACUAUAGCCUCCUCUUCCAAUGCAAUGAAGACCUGCUUAUACAGAAGAGGAAAAAGCUGAAGAACACGACGAUGGAUUUCUCCUCCCUCAGGUCAUCCCUGGUGAAGCUGUACAAAGGUCUCACCUCCCAGUGUACGAGCCAAGAAGUUUCUCCAACACCCAGUGCGGCAUCUAUCCGGGACAGUGGGAUCCACUCUGAAGAGACAAUACAGCCCUUCCCACCAGGACCUUCCUCUGGCACGACAACCCCGCAUUUAAUGCCCCAGAUGAAGAAACCCCAACCAACCAUGAUGGAGAAUAUCCAGGCUGUAAAGACCCCUGACUGGGAAAUGGAAAGUAGAAAACAUGAGAGGCCAGAGAACAUCCUUUCAUCUUCUCAGCUCACAGAGCAGGAACUCAAGGCUCUGACAGCCCCCUUACAAUCUAUUCCUGAAAUGGAAUAUGAAGCACCACCAGUUGAUGCAGUGGGAAAUACUGAGAGAGGCAUCAGGACCUCUGUGGAGCUGCUGCAGGAUGCAAGGAACUUUGCACCAAACUAUGAAGAGUUCGAUUACCCUGGGGAGGUUUUCACCACACCUGGCCCCUAUGAAGACGACGCCUUCCAAAACCUCGCUCUCUUUGAGAAUUGCUCCCCAGCCUCUUCUGAGUCCAGCUUAGACAUUUGCUUCCUUAGGCCUGUUAACUUCACAUCAGAACCAGAGAGGACAGAUCAUGCCUUACAGCCAUUGCCUAAGAGCUGCACUCCCGUAAGCAGCAGUACGUACAAGCGCGAGAUGUUCCACAGCAAAGGCAAGCAGCUGAGCAGGUCUCUGAAGGAGCUGCCGAGGAGCGCUGAGGGUGUGAGCACCAGACUCUACAGCACACGGAGCAGCAGUGGGAGCCGGCUGCAGCAGAAGCAGGAGAGGAAUGUCCAGCCUCACAUGAUCUCAGCCUCAUCUCGAAGCUCCCAAAGGAGCUACUUCCCCCCACAGAGAGGAGUGGGUGAAAAACCCAGCUUUUUGGAAGAGCUCCAUGCAGAAGACAACACCAGGUUCUGCCAGAAGGAUGACAAUGAGCAAACAUCCUUCAGCGACCACAACCCACGGCACGAGCCCAAAGGGGGUUUCCGGAGCUCCUUCCGCAAGCUCUUCAAAAAGAAAUAAGCAGCCCCAAGAAAGGCAGGCCACAGCCUAAGCGCGACAGGGCUUUCACAGGCCCCUGAGGGUGGAGACAGACAGCGAGGCCCCAAGAUCCCCCCUGACUAACACAGUAGGGGGAGGGGUGCGGGAGAGGAGACUGUCACAACUGCCUUACAAAUGCAUCCUGCUCUUCCUAGUGCAGGGCAGGGCCAGGCUAUGGGUUGAAGUCGAGCUCAGCCAGCAGGUCCAAUAGGUACAGGAACUUGCUAGCUUUCACCCCUGCCUGACUUACUUAGUUUUGGAAAGCUUUGGCUGAAUCCUACUAUCUUCUCCUCCCCCUCAUCUCCCUACACUGCUUGAUUUGCCAUACAUCUUUGCUGUCACAAAUUCAAGCCAGGUCUAAUGUGGGCUCACCCACAACAAAGGGGUUACCUCUGCAGCCUUGGCAUCCUGUCCAGAAGUAUGGAAUCCUCCUCUUUCCUCCACUUUCCAAACAAUAAACACCAUCAAAGAUGUCUUCCAGGAGGCCAACUCUCAUUACCCUGCUGGUUUGAGAAGGUCUAAUAAUCAUCAACUGAAGCACCUGGGCUUUAUACUGCUUAAUCAGCAGCAUCCUUUCUUUUGAACUUUCAUCACUCCCCAAAAUCCUCCUUCACCUUUUACGUGGCAUGCUGUUUCUUGAAUCACCUCCUGCCGUAUGGAUCUCUGCUCCUGCUGCCGAAAUUUCCUGUGUAUCCAGCUAGGUGACUCAGGCUGAGCCCAGGGCCUGUCACAAGAGACAAAGACUCUUCUCCACCCUGUCCCCACCAUGGAUAGAUGCAGACACUGACACAGUCAACGAGUGUCCUGGCUCCUGGUCUGUAAUACACCUGAAAUACUCUGCUAUCUCACUUUGGCCUGACACGACCUUGCAAGCCCCAUCAUGUGCAGCACCCUGCUUUUGAACAGUUCUUCCAGCUAAAAUUGAGGCACUAGGGCAGGGAACUUGAUUGGUGUCCCAUGUUGAAAGCCACAUGCCCUUGGUACUCUUCCUCCCACAAGAAGGACGCAUUCAUGCCACCCUCCUUACAUCUCGACAUGACAAAUCCUCAGUAACGCUGCUCUCUGCAGAAGACUAUAGCUUUUGUUAAAAAGUUAGCAUGGAGAGAAACUCAGCCCACUCAUGUGAUAUCUAUGUCACAUGACAGCAGCAAGAGCACCACUGGUACAGGGCUGUGGUGUCAGCUUGAAGCUGGGGUACGCUGAGGGUGGUUUCUAGAGGAAAUGCGGUUUUACCAGCUUACUUCGGCAGCAUUGAGACACUGGUCUGUCAUAAAGAGCAGCUUCACCUGAAGAGGUUGUGAACUGUCUCUGGGAGGGGGGGCAACAGCAACAUCUUGGGGGAAAUAUGCAAGGCUGUGAGAUUACAGGCUUGGGACUCCUACACCAGCACAAAGGAUGACAAUCUGGUACCAAGACAAGAGCACCCGCCAUGCUGCAUGGCUCUCCUGGCAGCAGCAGCGGUGCAGCGAGGCCACAGAGCAGGUGUAUUCAGCUGCAGUGACAAACCCCUGCUGCAGACACAGGACCUAUGGCUCUCUCGCAGUGUCAACUGAUCUGCGCCUACCAUCUGCUUUUCCUCCUCCUUUGUUGUUAACAAAGAGGUGUGUGUGAAAAGGGUUAUCCACCCAAGACAGAAAAACCUGUCCUUUAUUUCAAAGUUUUCCCAACAGUUCAAAAAAGUGACCAAGCAAAAGACCAGAGAUUAAAAUAUUUUAGCUGACGCCUGCCCCAUAGGUUUUACUGGACCCAAAAUAGUUCCCCAAAAUGCACUUCUCUUCCUUACAAGAAGGAAAGAGUAUAUCAUCCGAACUGCUGCCUCCCUCCCACCCCCCCUGUCUUUUAGAAACUAUUCUGGGGAAGAUUUUUUUUUAAUAGAAGGUCUUUAAUGACAAAAAGCUUUCAAUUUCUUUCUCUCUCCCUCACAUCAUUGUUACAGAUUCCCUGGCUCUCCCCAGUCAGGGCUGCUCUACACCAACCAGCCACUGCAUCACAAAGACACUUCCUAGGACUCUGCAGUUUUAAGUCAGACAGCACAGGGCCAGAUAGAAAUACAUAAGAGACAGACUUGUAACUGAAGCAUCAAGCAAAGCCUGUUUGUUCUGCAAAGGAAUUGCCCAUAGACAGACCUAUUUGAUUGUCUGUGGAACCAGAAUUAUAUUUAAUAUGGACACGUUUCCACUGUAAUGGACUGAUGCUGCCAAGGGCUCUGAUGCUCUUGUCUUUGGUCUCAUAUAUAACACUUCUGUCCUUCAGAGAACAAACUUAGUCCCCAUGCUUGCCAGGCAGAUGCCAGGACAGAAACAGGACAAAAGGGAAAACCUACCUGCUAACAUCUCCUGGAUGAGGAAAUCCUUCCAAAGUGGCAGACCCUUGCUUGUAAAAUGCAUGUGGAUUUUAGCUUCUGUUUUAGUGAUUUAAGGCAUGGUCGGAAUUGAUGGUUAUUUCUUUCUGAUUCUGUAUGAGUUAUUGCUUCCGGGCCUAUACUUAUCAUUUGAGAUGUCCUUGUACCUGCUCAGAAUCUGCAAAUGUAAAUAAAAUGAAUGAACGAUGCUCAGCACCACAUAGAAACACAACCUCUUGCAGGAUCCUAUCGAAUUUCACCUUUAGUGUAUGUGUGUGCUCUAGAUUAUUUUUCUUCCUGUGCCAAAUAAAUGUUGCUUUUAAAUAACA